CUCUUCCUCACGAGUCCAUCCUUCUCUCCUCGCAGGGCGAUUGGCUUCCUUCCAUCUUCCACUUUCAUUGACAGCCUGGACCAGUCUCAUUGUGCCUUACUCGUGCCAUGAGUGUGUGUGUUGACCAUUACCAUCCCUCUCCGACACCAUGAUGCUUCCGCUCCUGCUGCACCGUGGCCUUCUGCGCCCCUUAUUAUCUACAUGGCUGGCCUUUGUCCUCCUCUUCUCAGCGACAACAGCCUACGAAUCCGUCUCGGACGAGACCCUACGAUCUCUUCCGCGCCCCGGCAAGGACUUUGAUAUCCAUGACGGUGCUCUUCUGGCUCCCAUCCUAGUGCCCCGUGUAUCCGGGACUGCGGGCUCCACCGCCGUCCUCAACCACCUUGCGGAUUUCAUCCGCACCACGCUUCCAGACUGGACCAUCCAAUUCCAGAACUCGACGUCGAAGACGCCCGUCUCCAAGGGCAAAGAAAUCCCGUUCGUCAACCUGAUCGCCUCGCGCGAUCCGCCCGGAACAUCCCCCGGCGAUGUCGGACGCCUCACCCUCGUCGCGCACUACGACAGCAAGUACGAACCUCAGGGCUUCAUCGGGGCGAUCGAUAGUGCAGCGCCGUGCGCGAUUAUUAUGCACACCAUGCGGAGCAUCGACAGUGCGAUGACGAAGAAGUGGGAGGACAUGCGCGCGACGGGCCAGCUGAAUCAGCUGGAGGAACAACAGGGUAUCCAGGUCAUUUUCAUGGACGGGGAGGAGGCGUUCAAGGAGUGGACGGCUUCCGACUCGCUGUACGGCGCACGCUCCCUGGCGGAGCAGUGGGACGCCGAAGUCCACCCGGCCAUGUCCGUGUACCGGUCGCCGCUCGACUCGAUCUCGCUGUUCGUGCUACUGGAUCUUCUGGGGGCCAAGGAACCGACCAUCCAGUCAUUCUUCCCGACCACGCACUGGGCGUACAAGAAGCUGGCCACGCUGGAGCGUCGGCUGCGGGAGCUCAAGCAACUCCAGUCGUCGGACCCCGGGCGGUCCUGGUUCCCGCACUUGGCGAAGAGUGAGCAUGAGAUUCCGUUGUACAUGCGCAUCGAAGACGACCAUAUCCCUUUUUUGAGACGGGGCGUCGAGGUCCUCCAUAUCAUCGACGCCGGCGACCGGGGCUUUCCGAAGGUGUGGCAUACAAUGCAGGAUGAUGGCGAGCAUCUGGAUCUAGACACGGUGGAGGAUUGGAGUGUGUUGUUCACUGCGUUCGCGGCUGAAUGGAUGGAGUUGGAAGGCUUCAUGGAUGCCUCUCAGAUACACAAGCGCUCGGUGACUGACGCCUGGCACAAGACGGAAUUUCUCCAACUAUAGUUCUGAAUCGUCUUCCGCUAUUUCUCAACUAUUGCUUGCGGGAUGAUAUCCUG